AUGACAAUGUAUGAAGACUCCGAGGUUGUCAUAGAAGUUACAUAUCAACCAACCACAUCAGAAAUGGAGUGCAGUUGUUACAAGUUUCGUAGUACCGGUAUGCUCUGCGCACACAUGAUUUCUGUAUUACGGGAGCAGCGAGUGAAAGAGUUGCCUUCGGAGUUGGUUUUGUCGAGGUGGAGAAAAGACCCAAAAGGUACUAUGGAAAAACUUCAAAGAAAUGACACUCCAUCAGAGGAAGAAGAACGCAUAUGGAGAUCUGGCAUUAUACAGUACCACAACUUACAAUUGACAUCCUUAGCUGCCGAAUCUCCAAGUAUGUUCAAAGUUGCUCGUGCAGAGAUUUCAGCAUUGUGUGCGAAAUUGAAGGGAAUGAGUACUCUUAGGAAAGGUGCUUCCUCAGAGCCUAUUGAAGAUGAUCACAGUGAUGCAUCUGAACGUUAUAAAGGUGUUAAAGAUCCGGUACAGACGCGAUUUAAAGGUGGUCGGCUGACUAAGAACAAGAAGGGGAAGGUCGUCAAAUCGAGACAAUGUGGCCAUUGUGGUGGUUUUGGUCAUUAUGCCUCAACUUGUAAAAAUCCUCCAAAAAAUUCGACGAACAGUUCGAGUGAGCAAGUUAGAAACAAGAGCACAGCAAAGGUUGAGGCAGAGGACGAGCUUGAUAACGAGGUCGAGGAGGACGAGGACGACGAGGAAGAGGAAGUGGACGAGGAUGACUCUCAGGAUGAUGACGAGGAUGGGGACGAUGAUGAAGAGGAGGAGGACGACGAUGACAACGACGAUUCUUGA